CCUAUUCCUUAUGUGACGUAUUUCCGCCGAACUUCUUUCUUUUUCCGGCACACGACACGUAAACAUGGCGCCCCCCGUCCCGCUGCUAGCAGUUCGUGGCUCAGAUGGAACCUCUCUGCUGUGUGGUCCUCCUCAGUGUGAGCAGCUGUCGGCCUUCCAGAGGGACGCUCGGCCCGGCAGGUGUUUCAUCUUCACCAGAGAUGGAACGUUGUUCGCUUGGUGUAACGGACACAGUGUCUCUGUGGUGAAGUCUGUGGACAGCAUAGUGGUGUCCACCUUUGAUCUGCCAAAGACAGCUCUGCUGGAGUUUUCUCCUCUCAACAACAUCCUGGUUACCUGGCAACCGUACACCAAGACUCAAGACAGUCCUCAGGGUGAAGCCAACCUCCAGCUGUGGGACUUGUUGAGCGGCCGUCUGAUCAAAGCUCUGUUCCAGAAGAAGGUGGACUCCUGGUGUCCCAGCUGGUCUGAGGAUGAGAAGAUCUGCGUGAGGAGCGUUAACAACGAGCUGCAUUUCUAUGAGAACAACGACUUCAACUCCAUUGCCAACAAGCUGCAUGUGCAGAAAGUUUCAGACUUUUCUUUGUCUCCUGGAGGACAGCCCAGCAAGGUUGCUGUCUAUGUCCCAGGCAGUAAGGGAGCGCCGUCCUUCGUACGUCUUUACCAGUACCCGGUUUUUGGAGGUCCGACCGCCGCCCUCGCCAACAAGAGUUUCUUCAAGGCAGACCGGGUCAACAUGCAGUGGAACCAGAAAGCGUCGGCGCUUCUGGUGACAGCGAGCACGGAGGUGGACAAAACUGGGGCGUCGUACUACGGCGAGCAGACGCUGCAUUACCUGUCGGUGAGCGGCGAGACGGCGCUGGUCCAGCUUGCCAAGAACGGUCCGAUCUACGAUGUGGCGUGGAGCCCGAGCUCGACGGAGUUCUGCGUGGUGUAUGGCUUCAUGCCGGCCAAGGCCACCGUCUUUAACCUGAAGUGUGACCCCGUGUUUGAUUUCGGGACCGGACCCCGAAACGCCGCCUACUACAGUCCUCAGGGACACAUCCUGGUCCUGGCUGGGUUCGGGAACCUGCGGGGUCAGAUGGAGGUGUGGGAUGUGAAGAAGUACAAACAGGUGUCCAAACCUGAGGCUCCAGACGCCACACAUUUCUCCUGGUGUCCUGAUGGCGAGCACAUUGUCACGGCGACCUGCUCUCCUCGGCUCCGGGUCAGCAACGGCUACAAGAUCUGGCACUACACCGGUUCAGUUCUGCACAAAGCUGACGUUGUGGCCGGCUCAGAGCUCUGGGAGGUCCGAUGGCAGUCCUUCCCCAAUGGCAGCUUCCCUGAGGGGCCUGUCAAGUACCAGGCAGCGCCCAGCAACCUGGGGAGCACGCAGGCUCCACCCACACAGGCGUACCGCCCACCUGCACUGAGACACCUGCCGGCCACGCCCAGCUCCAAACUGCAUGAGGACGAGCCUCCUCAGGACCUUCGUCCUGGACUCUUGGGGGAAAAGAGUCUCUCCAAAUCUGCUCUGAAGAACCAGAAGAAACGAGAAGCAAAGAAAGCAGCCAGACAGGAGGCCAAACCUGAACCGUCAUCUGAACCUGUGCCCAUCGGCAGCAGCCAAUCAGAAGCAAGCAGCGGGGACCCAGAGAUGGACAAGAAGAUCAAAAACUUAAAGAAGAAACUGAAGGCCAUUGAGGAGCUGAAGGAGCAGCAGGAGUCUGGAAAAGUUCUACAGAAGAACCAGUUGGAAAAGAUCCAGAAGGAGGAGCAGCUGCUGAAGGAGCUGCAGGAGCUGCAGGUGGGACAGUAGGAGGGGCUACAGAGACCACACCCCCAAUCCCACAAGGCAUCACUCUAAAGGGGUGGUGUGUAUGUGUGUGUGACUGGACUGAUGAGGGCGGGGCUGAUUGGACCGUUAUUUUUCUGCUUUCAUCCCAUCGUUCCUUCUUCUCCUGAAGCCGUCUGGAGGAAUUCUGGGAGAUGUAGACAACAAGUGAAGAAGCGCACAGAAGAAGAAGAAGGAGGGUCCUUUAAAGGGACAGUAGCAUUCUGAGGUCUACAUGAGGCGAGACUGUUUCUUUAAUACGGUGGAAAUGUUAGCGUGCAUCACUGAAGCCUGAUGGACAAUAAAAACCUAUGAAAACCUCAA